CGCCGCCGAGAUGAAAAUAAAAAAGAACAUAUAGUAGCUCAAGGUCCAUUUGACGGUAACUGAAAUCCGAGGUACCUAUUUUUUCGAACGGUCAUUUUUUUCCGUUUCUAUAGUCUCUCCCGCGAUACGCGUUUCAUUUUCUAUUUAUUGAUACUUUUUCCGACUUAAGUUUGACGCCGUCUUUUUAUCCGUCAAAUCUCUCUCUUUCUCCCGAUCUUCCAUCGGAGAGAAAAUCUAGGUCCUAACGAUUUCCAUGGAAAUCUAGAAACUUCUCAAAAUUCACUUACAGUUUCGACGGAGUAGAUGGAUCGAAGGAGGACGGGAAGUCCGGUGUACGCUCGGCAGUGGAGUGGAGGAUCAAGUAGUACAGGUUCAUCGUCGCCGGCGGGAUCGCCGGCUCAUCCCCGUGCUCGAUUGCCUCCUACGGUGACAGGAAUGUCUACUAUAAAGAGGACUCAGAAUGUCGCCGCCAAAGCUGCUGCUCAGCGUUUGGCACAAGUUAUGGCUUCUUCUCAUAGGCCUGAUGAAGAAGAUGAUGAUGAUGAUCUAGGGUUUCGGCCUCCUACAGCUGCUUUCUCCACUAACGACAAUCGGAGUAAUAGCAAUAACAAGAACAGUGGUUUGGCGGCUAUUUCACUAACCAAGCCCAAUAGAUCUCCUUCCCCCUCGUUAGGUCGGAACUUUAUGGAUCACACUCCUUCUGUUCGUUCAUCGUCUACUGGAAGACCCUCCUCGAUGUCUGUUCGUACAUCAGCAGCAGCAACAACAACUGGAGCAAUACUGCAACCAAGUAGGUCAUCAGUGAGAACUCCAGUUACCAUACCACCAAUAGAACCUCCUAGUAAUCGCUUGAGAGAGAAAAGGUUCACACCAGAAUUAGGACGAAUGGAUUUGAAGGAUUCUGGAAAUGAUCAUGAGACUUCUGCGCUUCGUGAUGAGCUUGAUAUGCUUCAAGAAGAAAAUGACAUUAUUUUAGAUAAGCUACGUCGUACAGAAGAACAACGUGAAGAAUCUGAAGCUAGGGUUCGUUUGUUGGAGAAACAGGUUGCUUCUCUUGGAGAAGGACUAUCACUUGAAGCUAAAUUAUUAACCAGGAAGCAAGAAGCACUUCGCCAGAGAGAGGCUGCUCUUAAAGCUGCACAGCAAACUAAGGAUGGAAGAGAAGACGAAAUUACGAUACUUCGUACUGAGAUUGAAAACUUGAAGGAUGACACUGCAAAUGCAAUGGAACAGCUUCAGGAAGCUGAAGCUGAAGCCAAAGCUCUUCGAACAAUGACACAGAGAAUGAUUUUGACCCAUGAAGAGAUGGAGGAAGUGGUUCUAAAGAGAUGUUGGCUUUCUCGAUACUGGGGCCUAGCUGUACAAUAUGGUAUCUGUGCAGAUAUAGCAGGGACGAAGCAUGAACAUUGGUCAUCCUUUGCACCUCUUCCAUUUGAAGUUGUGAUUUCUGCUGGCCAGAAGGCCAGAGAGGAAUCCUGGAAUGGUGGCGAUGAUUCUGAUCGGAGCAAACGUGCCCGUGACAUUAGUGACUUAUCUGGAGAGGGAAAUAUUGAGAGUAUGCUGUCAGUUGAAAUGGCUCUAAGAGAAUUAGCUUCCCUCAAGGUAGAGGAUGCUGUUAUUCUUGCAUUGGCACAGCAUCGGCGCUCAAAUGUAGUCCGGCAGUCCUCUGAUCCUAAAUCAUCUGUUGACCCCAAGUUGAUGGAUGCAUAUGAGUUGGGGCAAGAGGAAUCGGAAGAUGUUCUUUUCAAGGAGGCUUGGCUUACAUACUUUUGGAGGAGAGCCAAAGUGCAUUGUGUAGAAGAGGAUAUUGCAGAAGAGAGGCUUCAGGUCUGGAUUGGCCGUAGUGGACAGUCACCAACCACUCAUGAUGCAGUUGAUGUUGAAAGAGGUUUGAUAGAACUGAGGAAGCUGGGGAUAGAACAGCAGCUGUGGGAAGCAUCUCGUAAAGAGAUUGACCAACCUAAUAAUGGAAAAAUGAGUACUGAUUCGGAGGCAUCUCCAUGAUAUCUGUUCUUGUUUGAUGUCUAUUCUUUUACGGAUUGUAUUCUUCCCUUUUCCUUUUUCCUUUUGGGUUUACAAUUCAGAUAGAUAUUCUUUCUUCUUCCGGUUUGUUUUUCUGGAAUUUUGAAAUGGUAGAGCUUGAGAACAGUUAACUUGUAAUUAGUAGUUUGUAUAAUCAAUUUGAGUGAUGCAAAAGUGAUA